AAAUUUUGCUUCGCUCAGUUUCAGUUUCGAGGGAAAUCACGACGCGCCAACUUGUUGGGAAACACUCAUGUCCCAGCAACGAAUCGUCUACGCGUCGCAUACAAAAAAUCCACAAGGAUUAAAACUGCAACAAACAACAGAAUAAACAAGCUCAAUAACAUUUUCAGCUUUAAGGCACAAGCAAAAUAAUGUCUCAUAAAAUUUAUAUAAAAAACAAAUAAAAACGCAAAAAGACAAAGACACACAGAAAAAAGAAAAAAAAACCAAGUAAAAAGCGAAUUAAAUCGUGCAUUUCAUGCUAGCAAAUAAACUAAACUAUAAGCACUAAAAAAGUUUAUUGAAGAAAGGAAAAAAAAGACAACAAAAUGUCCACUACUACGCGAAGUUCGCUGACGAAAAAAUCGUCGCUUUCGAAAAGUGGUAGCACCGACAAGUCAACAAAAGCAGCAACAAAAUCAACUACAUCAAAGGCAGCCAACACAACAACAGAGCCAACAACGGGGAGUGGCAGCAAACAGAAAAUGCAGUAUACCAAGACCAAGGAACGCAUAGCCGAUGAAGUGCCGCUACCACCCACACACAAACUAACCAUGACUGAGGUUUACGAUGAUCCCAAGACUGGCAAGCCCAACUUUGAUGCACUGCGCUCGCAUUUUCUGCUUGAGGGUCGCAUUGAGGAGAACGUCGCUCUGCGCAUUAUCAACGAGGGCGCCGAUCUGCUGCGCGAGGAGAAGAACAUGAUUGAUGUGGAGGCGCCCAUCACUGUGUGUGGCGACAUACACGGACAGUUCUUUGAUCUGGUCAAACUGUUUGAGGUCGGUGGACCACCGGCUACGACGCGCUAUCUCUUUCUGGGCGACUAUGUCGACAGAGGCUACUUUAGCAUAGAGUGUGUUUUAUAUCUCUGGGCCCUAAAGAUAACAUAUCCGGAUACUUUGUCGCUGCUGCGCGGCAAUCACGAGUGUCGUCAUCUGACGGAGUACUUCACCUUUAAACAGGAAUGCAUUAUUAAAUACUCGGAAAGUAUUUACGAUGCGUGCAUGGAAGCGUUCGACUGCCUGCCGCUUGCUGCGCUGCUGAAUCAACAAUUUCUGUGCAUACACGGCGGUUUAUCGCCCGAGAUUUUCACACUCGACGACAUCAAGACGCUGAAUCGCUUCAGGGAGCCACCUGCCUAUGGGCCAAUGUGUGAUUUAUUGUGGUCCGAUCCGCUGGAGGAUUUUGGCAACGAAAAGGGAAACGAGUUCUUUUCACACAACUCGGUCCGAGGCUGCUCCUAUUUCUUCAGCUAUUCGGCCUGCUGUGAGUUUUUGCAAAAGAACAAUCUGCUCUCUAUAGUUCGAGCACAUGAGGCACAAGAUGCAGGCUACCGCAUGUAUCGCAAGAACCAGGUAACUGGCUUUCCCUCGCUGAUCACCAUCUUCUCGGCGCCAAAUUAUUUGGAUGUUUACAAUAACAAGGCAGCUGUGCUCAAGUACGAGAACAACGUAAUGAACAUAAGACAGUUCAACUGCUCGCCGCAUCCCUACUGGCUGCCCAAUUUCAUGGACGUCUUCACCUGGUCGCUGCCGUUUGUGGGCGAGAAGGUCACUGAGAUGCUGGUGAAUGUGCUUAACAUUUGCUCGGAUGAUGAGCUUGUGGCCGGACCGGACGAUGAGCUGGAGGAAGAGCUGCGCAAGAAAAUUGUGCUAGUUCCAGCGAACGUCAAUAAUAGUAAUAACAAUAAUACGCCCAGUAAGCCAGCUUCCAUGUCGGCGUUGCGCAAGGAAAUCAUACGCAACAAAAUACGUGCCAUUGGCAAAAUGUCCCGUGUCUUUUCCAUUUUAAGGGAAGAGUCGGAGAGUGUGAUUCAAUUAAAGGGCCUGACGCCAACGGGCGCAUUGCCGGUCGGCGCGCUAUCUGGUGGUCGUGAUUCGCUUCAAGAGGCGCUGCAAGGUCUGACCGUCGGCUCACACAUUCAUUCGUUUGCCGAGGCUAAGGGCUUGGAUGCAGUCAAUGAGCGCAUGCCGCCACGCCGGCCGCUUACGAUGAGCGCCAGCAGUAGCAGCAUUACAACAAUUUGCAACAAUACAACAAAAACAAGCAAGGAUAGUAAUGGCGAUAGUAACAACAAUAACAACAAUGACAGCAACAGCAAUAACGUGACCGUUACCAAAAUAAACAGAACCGUUAGAUCAGCAACAACUAGCAAUGUGCGCAGCGGCUACACAUCAAAAAGAUUCUCAUAGUUGAAUUUUGCCAGCUGAUUGUUGAUUUUUAGUUAGUUUUUCUUUUUUCAGUUCAAUGCAUGUUAUUGUAUGUGCGUGUGUGUGUGUGUGUGUGUGUGUAUGCGUGUUAUUGCUAGUCAUUUAAUUAUAAUCUGCUGUUACAACUAUUUGUUUUCUAAUUCUAGUCAAAACUAUUGCCCUUGCACACAUACACACACACACACGUGCAUGAGAAUGCAUCACAAAUUACACAACAUAUGGAAUUUUGGUUUGAAAGCCACACACACGUUUUAGAACCUACGCUCCUGCCUCAACUAAACCAAUACUCAUACUUAAAGCAAUAUGUAUUAGCAAACAAAUUUAUACGUGACAUGAAUAAUUUUUAAUAAAACCUGACAGUAAAUAGCGCAAAAACCGUAUUUACACAGCUCUUA